CUGAGAACCCUAAAUGUUAUUCCUAACAACCCUUAAGAAACACUUUGCCUGUAAGUUUUCUUCAUGGUAAUAAGAGAAACCCUGACACGGUUAUCUGAGUUAUCAGCAUCUCCCGCCUGAAGCUGAAUCAGCAUUGACACAUUGUUCCACUUCAAAGCUGUGGCGAGUGUGCGCUGAAAGAAAAAAGAGGGGGUUCUUGGAAAGAACAGGUGCAGCCUUUGGAAGGGGAAGAGCCCCUUCUGCCAUCUGUUGACUUCUAGUUUCCCCCCAAACACACUCCAUCACAAUUCACACACGCCUGCUUGGUCAUAGUGAUCCAGGUUGCUAUGGUGCUGUAUGGGAAGAAUAAGACCGCCACAUGUGUGUGUUCAACUCCGGGCAGGCGGCUAUUGUGUUUUGAGACAUUCAAAGAUUUGGGGAGGGGGUUGUGCGUGUGUGUGCAGACUGAAAUAGGGCUGGAUAAGGCGAAUGACCAGUUGCUUUGUCAGAUGUUAAGGAGACGCUGAGGUGCCUGUGCAGGGUUCUCCUCAGUAGAUUUGUUUUUACAUAAUCGCACGGCCACAAGCCACUAUUUGGAAGGCAAAUUUACUUAGUGGUUGCUGGACUGCAGAGCAGUAGAGUAAAUGGAGAACGCUUGAAAUCAAACAACGGAUUUGAAUCUUUUCCCUUUCCCAUCAACAGGUCACAUCUGCAGACUGAACUGGGAUAUUGGGGGGUUUUUCAACAAAAACUGCAGAAUUACAAAAACAAACAUGGAUUGUAAGGAGGAGAUCAGUGACUCUGAUAGCGGGAUCAUUUUAAACUCUGGCCCAGACAGCCCCACGUCUCCGGUGAAGGACCUGAGUACUCACACGCGUACCAUGAGGCUGAAGCAGCAGGCCCUUGAGGACAGACUGGAGUUGUGUGUCCUCGAGCUCAAGAAACUCUGCAUUAGAGAGGCUGAGCUGACUGGAAAGCUGCCCUCCGAUUACCCUCUCCUGCCUGACGAGAAGCCUCCGAAAGUUCGGCGACGCAUCGGAACCGCUUUUAAACUGGACGAGGGUUUUAUUUCACAAGAUGGCGAGGAGUCUGAGCUGCACGGGCUCGAGGCUGAUCUCGCCCUGCAGCGGCAGAUUUAUGAGGCGGCCCGAAAGCUCUCCCUCGAGGAGCACAUUAGCAAACCGGUGAGGAAAAGCCGACUGCAGCAGUGUAAACGUGAAGAGAAGAAGCUGAAAGAGCUGCAGGAUGCGAUACUGAAACACCGCAUCAACCACGGCUGUGUCUCUCCGCAGACCUGCUAUUCAUCCAGACAGAGAGAUCCUUGUAUGUCUGAUGACAGCUCGCUGUCUGACGCUGUUGCCUUGGAUGAUGAUUCCGACUCUACUCCCUUUUCUCCGACUGUUCUGGGGUCUUCCACAGACAGCGGCUUCAAGCGAUUGACACUCUUAAACAAUAAUGUCCCAAAGCAAUCGAGCUCCAGCUCAAGUCUGGACUAUGAUGCCUCACCCAUCCAGAACUCUCCGUGGAAGGAAUCCAGCUUGGACCAGCCCUACCAAAAACAAAAACCAUCUCACUCUGCCUGCAGCAGCCGCUCAAGCAGCAGUCCAACAGGCUCACCAACAGACACGAGAAUGGCAGAACUUCCUCCAGCACCCCAGUUUGUUUUUAAAAGUCUGCCAGUGAGGAACAAUCAGCCAAACAGCGCCCCCUCCACCCCAGAGCUGCCACUGCGCCGACAGUUCUCUCAGUCCUUUAGACUUCCUAGAAGCAAACCAGAAUUGACCAAGGCCAGCUCAGACCUGGGACGGGGUCGGACCAAGUUGCCGCGUCGACGAGUGACUGAAUUUGCGUUAGCCUACUCGGUUCAACGUUUAUAUCAGUGCAGCUCUGAAGACAGCAGCUCCGAGCUUUCCAUUUCCUCGUAUAGCAGUUCCUCCAGCCGAGAGACAACCACCGAGGCACCUAAACCCUGUCCGCCUCCAUACGGCUACCAUCGCACUGCUCCAAAUAAAGCACCAGGCCAGCUCAACACCAACAGCACACUCAAAAACAACAACAACAACAACCCACCUCACCUCAUGCCCGGCCCCAGUCAAGUCAAAAUUAACAACAGGACACCUCUUCAGGUGGACAUGGGGAGGCUGCAACUCGGAACGAAUUCACAAUCUGGGACCAUGCAUACUAAUAAACCCCAACAAGUGGAGGUUACUUCACCCAAACGGAUGCUCAAGCCUCCCCCGCCGUACACAAAGGUAGUCCGCACGACGUCGCUAAGAGAAUUCCCCAAUCAUCCCAGCCGGGUGCUUCCUCGAGAAAUGGUAUCAGGAGAGCUUAAAACCUGGCAUCAGAAAAACAAUUUAGCCGUGUCCAAACAUCGCUCACUUGAACGACAAGGAUCGAUUCGAAUUAAGCGCCCAGAGCCGCCACCUUACCACCAGAUUCCCUCUCAAAAACAGGCUUCUCAGAAAGUGAUUCUGCAAAGGGCUUCCGAUGGAACGCCACUGCAGUGGUUUGAAGAGGAAGACUCCGAGAUUGUGAGUCAGGUGUAACCAGGUAGAAGAAACCUGGAGGAAAUUACACUGAGAAUAAGUGAACUCAUUGUACACCUUCUUUAGUUUUAUUUAUUGAGCCAAUGGACUCAUUGAUGUAGCCUGAUAGUGAAAAUUAUGUUAAUUCUCACCAAGACUUUUUGACCAAGUUGGAGCUGAGCCAGUGAAAUAUACGCCUCAAUUCCAUAUAUGCCUACAUUUGUGAUUAAAUUUCAAGUCUAAGACUUCCUCGUAAGGCAUCAUGCCGGAUAUUUAUGAUGAAUGUAUAAUAUAAUGGUAAUUCUAUUGAUGUCAAGAGAGUGUUGCUCACUUUUGCAAAUGACUGAUGAAUGGCCUCAUGGAAAUGACGUCAUUUAGUAUAUAUUUGUGUCUGGUACACAUUUCUUCAUAACUAAAGUAUUACGUAAUGUCUUAGUUUCCCCAUUAUUUUAUUUAAUUUAACACAUUAUGAAUAAUAUAUUAUUUUUCCAUAUUGUUUUUUAUUUGUGAAUUAAUAUUGCCCCUUUGCUAACACAUUUUUUUAAAUUAGUGAAAUGUUUCAAGAAGUGUUGCUCUGCUACUGUAAUAUGCAUUGUAAUAAUCCAUCUGUGAGUCUUAAUAAUACCAAAUGCAGAUAUUUUCCUUCAUGUUUGUACACUAAUUAUGAAAUAUAUUUUAUAUUAUUUAUAAUACACUUUAAUAAACAAUCUCACAGAUCCUCA